UAGAAAGUUGCAGGCAGAGGCCAGACGUCGUCCCGCAAUUGACAAUGUCUUCGGUAAGGAAUGGUGCAUGAACCCCUGGAGACACGAGGAGUCAAAUGUUGGUGACCAAGAGGACACACAUCUGGACUCUUCGGUCAACACAGAAGAGCCAGUAGAUUUGCUGGACGACGAACCAGAUAUGAUCAUGAUCAAGGAGGAGACAUUUGAAGAUUGCUCUGGGAAAAAUAACCCUGAGGAAGAUGAAAGUUGCAGUUUGAGAGGACCUGCAGUGACCAGUGAUGAGAGGUGUGUCGCCCAAAGCUCUGAUGAUUUUAUCACAUACAUGGUACCUUCAGAUGACCAAGUCCAAUCGAACGUACACCAGACACAAGCUGAAGAACAACCUCUUGAUGGAAUGAUCUCUACACAAGGAGACAGCGCAACAGAGCAAACUUUCCAUAGUACACACGACCACACAAGUAUUUCGGAAGAGAAGAGGUUUGAGUGUGUAUUCUGUCGACGAACCUUCAACAAAUUAACCUACCUGAAAGCACACAUGCGAACACACUCCGGAGAAAAACCUUACGUCUGUACAGUUUGUGAUAAAAGAUUUGCUCAAAAAACGUACCUCAGAAUACACCAGCGCACACAUUCUGGUGAGAGGCCGUACUCGUGCAUGGAGUGUGGAAAGUGCUUUGCUCAAAAGAGCUCUCUAAAUGUACACCUCCGAAGCCACACUGGAGAAAAGCCAUAUAGCUGCUCAGAGUGUGGUAAAAGCUAUGCGUACAAACAGGGUUUCAAUACACACCAGUGCUUCAGUUAGACUAGUACAUACUGAAGUGAACCAUUACUGAAUGGGAUCUGUAUCAAAGUUGUUGUUACAGCAGAGUGUGCAUAACUCUGCAAUAUGUACCAUUAACAAGUUGCAAGUAUGUCCAUGGUUUUUUUUCACAGAAAUUAAGUCUUUUGACAGUGUUUGGAAACGUGUUAUACAGAAGCAUCUGGAGUUUUCUGUGCAUUGACUUGCAUGUGUAUAUUCAUUUGAACAGAGGGAUAAACAAAUAUGCUUGAAUAAACUUGACAAAG